AUGGCCACAAAACAAGCUACUUUGGUUCAUGUAGAUGAUGACUACAUUGAUAUGGAGCUAUGUUCCUCCCCAAAGUUCUUCUCAUACUCCCUUAGUUCUCCACCAUCCAAUAGAGAAUUUGAAUUCCAAAUGAGUGAGAAAGAGUCAUCAACUUCUCCAGCAGAUGACCUCUUCUACAAGGGAAAACUCCUUCCUCUUCACCUUCCCCCUCGUUUGCAAAUGGUUCAAAAGCUCAUAGAAAACUCCAAUGGGAACUUUGAGUAUGUGAAAACAGACUCAGGUUUGGAACACAGAAACUUUCCCUUCACCACUGAAUCCAACAUCUCACCUUCAGAAUCACGCCGAGUUAGCAGUGAUGUGAUCCCAAAUGAAUAUCCACUUGGGUGGUUUUCUGACAUGAACAAUCUCAUUGGUGAUCUUCCCAAGAAGUCUUGGCCCAAGAAACUGAAACAGAUGAAGCAGUUCUUGCUUGGUCAGAGACUCAAGGCAUCAAGAGCUUAUCUGAAAACUUUGUUCAACAAAUCUGGUUGCUCAGACAAAAUCUGUGCAAGUGCUGCAAGCAACAUGGGGGCAGAGAAAACACCGUUUAAGUGCAAAGAGUGUCAGAACAAGUACAUGAAGGUUGCAAGGAGAAACCCAUUUGAGAGUGUUUAUGAUAACAAGCAGCACCAGGUAACUCGUGCCGUGAUGAAGACCCUUAAAAGAGAUAUGUUUGAAGUUGAAGAUGAUUUCUGUGACCACAGAAGGUCUUUCUCUGGGGUUGGUCAUCGGCAUUGUGCCGCCAAGGCUUCAUCUUUGUCCACAUCUUCAUCCGGGUCGUCUUCUUCAUCUUCAUCUUUUUCUCUCAGCUCAGCUGGGUACUACGAUUUACAACUUUUUAAGAGGAGCAUCAGUGCAAAUUAUGAGUUGGAAAGUUCAAUUGAGGGAGCCAUUGCUCAUUGCAGACAGUCUCAGCAGCAGUGUAGUUCAAAGAAUGGUUCAGAUGAUAGCAGGAUUUGUUCUCAAUUUGCUACAAAAAUGAACUUGAUGGGAGUUAAAGAAUAG